GAGAGAGAGCAGCACAGAGUCUCUGAGGUCCGCAUCGCUGCUCUCGCGCUCCGCUGAUGGACUCGUGAUGAUGAUGAUGAAGAUGAUGAAGGCUCGGAGAUGAAGAGGAUGUGCACCCGCUCCAGAAUCAGUUGAUCAGCUGCUGUUUCUGAGGGAUGUACCGGAUCGAUGUGUUUGAUUGGAUAUGAAUGAUGAAUGUGUUCCGAGGUUUGAGCUGAUUGAAUCCAACGCGCUUCUUCAUCAUGGAUCCGAAUCUUCUCACUCUCUUCAAACUUUCUCUGAUCCUCGCAGUGAACACGCUGAUGACUAGAGGUUUAUCAGAUACAGACGGUGUUGAUCUGUCGUUCACCCAGCGGCCGUGGCUCCUGCAGUGCAAUCAGACCGUCCUGCUGCUAGAGAUGGAGAGAUGCGGAGAACAAUUCAGCAGCGACAUGAAUCACGUUCAUCCAGAAGACAGAUGCAACCUCACGCACUUCAUCAGAGAGUAUCACGUCUUCUCCUUCUGCACGGAGAUGAACGCCGAGCGCAUCGGAUGCUUCUGGCCGAACCCAUCGGUGGAGCGCUUCAUCAUCAGCAUCCACAAACACUUCUUCUCCAACUGCAGCCUGGAGCACGCGGUGUUCAUCGACCCGCCGGACGACACGCUCACCCUCCUCAUCUUCAUCCCCGUCUUCCUCACGCUGGCCAUGGUGGUGCUGGUGGUGUGGUGCAGUAAGAGGAGCGAUCUCCUGGCCUAGAACAGCAUCAGGACCGCUCCGACGCACAGAAGCAUCUCUCCUGAUCUCACUGAAGCGUCUGCUGGACUCAUGAUGCUCUCCUUCAGGAGCUGGAGGCUUUAUUCCUCGUCUCGUGGUGAUCACUGAUGCUGAAUUAAUUCAGUAUUAAUCGAGAGCAUGAGUGAAGAUCUGUCAGAAUCUCUGGAUGGACAAAAUGAAUCAUGUACUGUACAGCUAUUAUUUAAUGUUUUAAUUAAAUAGCAUAGAUUUAGAGCAUUUGUCAAGCUCACACUGCCGUGUUUGUGGUUUUAGUUGGGUCUCUCAUCACUCAGUUUGACCGUUCAUUAUCAUCUCGACAUAAUCGCUGGUUCAUUUAUCAGAGGUCCAGUGAGUUUAGCUUCUCCAUCGAGAUCAUCUGUUCUGAUCGAUUCAGACUGAAGCGGGACGAGUGAAGAGCGAGGCUUGUUUUAGGAAAACGGUAUUAUUUAUAUGAGAAGGAAAGCCGUGUAUUGUGUGUGACUUUGAGAUACAAACACAAGACAAUAGUUGCUCUCAAACGUCUGUCCUCGUGAUCUCCAGCAGAGCCAGAGCCGCUCGCGCCGCAGGAAGGAAAUAAAAGCCUUUCCCAUGAAUGAGAGGAAAUGAGCUGGUUAUGAUUUUCACCAAAAGAGCUACAGGAACCUGUGUGUGUUCUGAUGGAGGACGGCUGAGCACACAUUUAUGAUUUCUGUAUUUGAAUUGUGUUAAAUGUUUUUCCAUCAAUUUGGAUUUCACAGUGUUUAACAUAAACAAACUAAUAAACUUAAAGUAAUGCAUAUUUGUGAAUUUAUUUACAUUUCUUAGAAUCAGUUUAAAUCUGUUAAUUGUGAAAACAAUUAAUUUAAUAAUAAUCAGUAUAAAACAGUGAAGAAGCAAUGAAGGAACUGACACAAACUGGACUUAUUGAUGAUCAAUAUAUAAAGCUGGUGUUUUAAGUUAAGUUUAUUAACACUCUUAUAGAAAUCUGACCUGUUUCAUUGAUGUAUGACUGACAAAUAUCACAGUGAGUCUGUUAGUUUGAGAUAAAACUAAGCAGUCGAAAUUUUAAAUGCAAUUCAAAUACAUAAAUAGUCCAUUUAGGCCUGAAUCUGUGUUGAGUCCUGAUAUAUAUAUAUAUAUGUAUAUUUGUAUAUUCCUGUAUGUCUGUGUGUUUUGCUCUGUGAGUCGACGGUCUGUUUCUCUGUUCGGAGUGUAUUAUUGGAAGUCGAUUGAGAGUUUUUUUGUGCCUCCAGCGCUCACUUCCUGUUUACUUUAGAAAGCCCACACUACUAUGUGCAAGUUCACACAGAAGCACAACUGAGAUAAUUUUAACUGGACGCACACAUUUCCAUCACAUGAGCGUUUCUUUCAUCGUCCCAUUCUGGAUCAGGAACACAGAAUAAAUCAGAGCUUCUUUCA